UAUAAAACCCAAACCCAGCAUUACUCACACCACAUCAGGGUCACCUGAAAUUAGUAUAACAAGCUAAAAGAAAAUGACUUAUGAUGAGGGCUCAUUUGAGGACGGGGGUCUUUUCUAUGGCUUUGAUAACUACUCAGAAUUGCUGGAGAGUCCUGACAACAGUAGCAUUGAUACUGAGUACACCUGUAAUGACGGAGCAGGUCUCCAGCUGUUUCAUACUGUGUUCCAACCCCUGGUCUACAGCCUGGUGUUCUUCCUGGGGCUGACAGGUAACGGGCUGAUGUUAACGGUGCUGCUGAAACGCCGUGGCCUCCUGCGGAUCACAGAGAUCUAUCUAUUACACCUGGGCCUGGCUGAUCUGAUGCUGCUAGCCACCUUCCCCUUCGCACUGGCACAGGUGUCCUUGGGGGUGGUGUUCGGAGACGUCCUGUGUAAACUGAUUGGGCUGAUGAACCGACUCAACUUCCUUUGUGGGAGUCUCCUCCUGGCAUGUAUCGGCUUCGACCGUUACCUGGCCAUCGUGCAUGCCAUCACCAGCCUCCAGAGCCGACGCCCCAGGAACGUACACCUCACCUGCCUGGCACUGUGGCUCGUCUGUCUGGCCUUGUCUGCUCCCAAUGCUGUGUUCCUGUCUGUAGGGGAGAGUCCCAUAGACCCGACUCAGCUCUCAUGCUUCUUCCACAGUCACGGUCUCCAUGCAAACAACUGGGAUCUGACGGAGCGGCUCCUGACCCACGUGCUGUGUUUCUUCCUGCCUCUCGGGGUCAUGACCUACUGCUACGCUGCGGUGGCGGUCACCCUGCACCAUAGCCAGAGAGGUCAGCGCAGCCUGGAGAAAGAGGGUGCCAUCAGGCUGGCUGCACUAGUCACUGCUGUGUUCUGCCUGUGCUGGCUGCCCUACAACAUCACCAUGCUGGUGAAGACCCUGGUGGAUCGGGGGUUGGACUCUGGUUUGAGCUGCCAGUCCCGGACUAGUUUGGAUAAGGCCUUGGUGGUGACAGAGAGCCUGGGGUACACACACUGCUGCCUCAACCCGCUGCUGUACGCCUUCACUGGGGUACGGUUUCGACAGGAUCUCCUGAGACUGCUGGCCCACUGAGUCUGUGGUAAAGGGGUGUACUCCGAGGGGACGGGAGUAAGACGUCAGCGUCAUUCUCUAAAGGACUCACCACCACUAAAAUCCUCAUGUUGACCACCAGAUUUUACUGUUACAACUAAGGUGAAAAGGUGUCUUACACCUCUUUCUUUAAAAGGAUACUGACGGUUCAUUCUGAUCUUUGUAUUAAUUAUGAGUAAAACUAUUGUAUUUUCAGCUUACAAAUUAAUUUUACAACUAAGAGCUGGGGGAGGGGGGGUACUGUUAGAGCUUGUGAAUCAUUAAUCAACCCUCAGUAUGACUAACCUCUAUGGGGUUGUGGAUCAAUAAUCAACCCUCAGUAUGACUAACCUCUCUCUAUGGGGUUGUAGAUCAAUAAUCAACCCUCAGUAUGUCUAACCUCUUUAUGGGGUUGUGGAUCAAUAAUCAACCCUCAGUAUGUCUAACCUCUUUAUGGGGUUGUGGAUCAAUAAUCAACCCUCAGUAUGUCUAACCUAUCUGGGGUUGUGGAUCAAUAAUCAACCCUCAGUAUGACUAACCUCUCUGGGGUUGUGACAACAUAUUCACCUGCUUGUGCAAGCCUCAUGUAUAUACUGACAUACGGAGUCUUCCUUGAUGGCAAUAACCCAAUGUUUGACAAACGCUUGUGCUUAUAAACGUCUAUUUGUGUGCUGGAUAGUUUAUAAACGUCUAUUUGUGUUCUGGAUAGUUUAUAAACGUCUAUUUGUGUUCUGGAUAGUUUAUAAACGUCUUUGUGUUCUGGAUAGUUUAUAAACGUCUUUGUGUUCUGGAUAGUUUUCUAAAAGUGUGAGUGUAAUAUUGUUCUUUAGCCAAUAGGCCUACAUUGCCAAUUAUUGACUAUAUGUGAAAUGUAUUGAAUUAAAAAAUAUAUAUAAAUAAAAUAUGAUUGAGUGCUUCCCAA